UCGAGCCAAUGACCAUUGAUACUUGCGAUCAAGUCUCGCAGUGUAGUGCAGCUGAUAUCUUUGUGCAUGCUGUGGAAUCCACUCAGCUUUUGACUUUGUAAAGCGUCUGAUGUCACGGUCCUACUAGUAUCAACGCUAAUCAAGAUUUUCACUCGUAAAGGGGUUCCCUCUCCAGAGUGCCUGCUGUGCACCCCUACCUCUGCCCAUGAGUGGAACGACCCAGUCUCUGCCUUUGUUACACACUGUGUGAGUGGCCGAGAUAAGAGGCUUCCUAACUAUCCCCUCAAUUACAGGCUCAAGAUGGGCUCCAAACCGGACAUUAAAAAGGGACUAUAAAUGUGGAUAUUCCUCAAUCUUUGCAUGAACUUGAUGCCUUAUUUCAUAAUUUAGAUGCAGAGAUAAUCAUUCAAACUGACGGUCACCGCCGUAUUCAUCAAGACAGACUCGGCACCAGCUACACCGCCCUCUGGAGUCAGAACAUACAAAAUGGAUACCGACGGUGCUCCCGAGAACCCUGAUGAUAACGGAGGCUUCCCCAUUACACCACAGCCCCAGAACCAAAGCACAAGAAGUAGCAAGAGCUCCAAGGGCAAGUACCGCGACCGGGACACCGACGAGGACAGCGAGCGUGGUCACAGGGGACGGCGUGGUCGUCGACAUCGAAACAGAGAAGACUCUGAGAAUGAUGGAGGGGAAAACAGGAGACACAGCAAGAGACAUUCUCAUGUAGAACGAUCAGUAACCAUAGCAACCCAGGGAGCUACCACUGAUGAGGACAGAGAUGAGGUUAUUGAGGUCCAGAUACUACCUCAAGAUGACAACUGGGGAGACAACACCACGGCCAUUACCGGGACAUCGGACCGAUCGUCUGAUGAAGAUCUAUCUCGUCUGGCCAAGAGAAUGGAUUCAAGGGUUGGCUUCGACUGCACACGUUACUUUUCCAUCCUCCUUUUUGCCGUCUUAUCAAUAGUCGGUUUUGUGUCUCCAGUAGCGUUUGUGGUGCUACCAAGUCUUCUUUGGGAACCAGCCGAAUGCGGCAUCCACUGUGACGGACUCUUCAUCAGCAUGGCGUUCAAGUUACUCAUCCUUGCGAUCGGUAGCUGGGCACUCUUCUUCCGCAAACCCAGAGCAACCAUGCCGCGAGUCUACCUCUUUCGCCUCAUUAUGAUGGCGCUCAUCUUUAUUUUGCUUCUGGCAUACUGGCUCUUCUUCGUCAUGCGCGUCUUGAUGCGCAAAGAGACAAACUAUGCAGGGAUUGUCUCGUACGCUGGGUCAUUGGCCGAUGCCCUCCUCUUCAUGCAUUAUGUAGCUGUAAUUAUGUUUGAGUUGCGACACCUCCAGCCUAAAUAUAUGCUGAAAGUUGUUCGCUCUCCAGAUGGGAUGAGCCAGUACUACUCGAUAGGUCAGCUAAGCAUCCAGCGCUCAGCCGCUCAUGUCCUGGAACACUAUUCUCGUGACUUUCAAAUUUACAAUUCUCACCUUCUCCGCGUGCCGACGACAUCGCGCGUGGCUCAGAAGCUAAGUAACUUUAAGUUUUAUGAUGUAGAUGGUGGCGUUGGUAAUGAUAAUGUUACUGGUCAUUCGCGAGCCAUAAUGACCACUGCUGCACAUCGGCGUGACCAGAGCCGAAACGAGAGGUUUUACGAAGAGCAGGAAUACGACAGGCGUGUCAAAAAGCGCAGGGCAAGGUUGCUUGUUGCAGCUGAGGAAGCUUUCACGCACAUCAAGCGUGUCCAUGAAGACACGCAUCCAGGCAACCAUGCGAUGGAUCCAACGGAAGCGGCACAGUCCAUCUUUCCAUCGUUAGCCCGCCCUCUGCAGAAGUACCUACGCAUCACUCGGCAGCAACCCAGAUGGCCUAUGGAAGCUGUGAUGGAUCAUCUGGCUGUCUGUAUCAGUUACAACCUGGCUCCACGAUCCUUCCUGGAGACCUUCUUUCAGCCUGGUCCCAACAUCCUGCUGUCGGAGCACCACCAUAACCCUAUCCAGGGUUGGGAGCUGGUCUCAGACACCUUAGUAAACCGCCCUCUCAAGGAGGGCACAACCUUUCAACUCAGGCAGGGUGAGGUCCUGCUCCAGGUCUUUGUCAUGAAGAUACCACAGUACAAGAUCAGGGAAGAGGUCUUUGACUACAAGAAGAACCGCUUUGCGUUGCGCCUUCAGUCAGAGACGUCAGUCUGAUCUAGAUCCUUCAAGAUGCUGCUUUACAAACUCAGACAAGUUACAGAAUCACUUUGCUGUUUAGUGGAAGCUGUUGUUGCAGUAACAGUCAUUGAUGUCUUCAGAAUGUUUCAUCUGCAUGUACAAGUUACAAGUUACAUUAUGUCCUCAGAAGAGAUGGCUACACCUUGGCCACUCCUUGUCUUCAGUGUGUCUAUAAGUGCUACCCUAGAGAAUAUUUAUGGAAAAAGAACUGAAUGACUCAGAUACACUGGUGCAUGUUGGAGCGCUUAUGUUUUGUAGAAGAUUCUGGACAUACAGUACAUGUACACAUGUCAUAGUUGAAAGUUACUUGUCUGCUUCUGUGGAAGGAAGAUCAUGCUGUUAUUGUUAGUCAUUGGGGUUGCCUGUGAAUUUCACUUCCAUAAAACGAUUUAAAAUAAUGUAUAUGUACUUCUAGAUGCAUGAAGGAAGUUCAGGGUUUUUCUCUACAAUGUCAUGUUGCCUUCCAUCCAAAACAUUUGAUGCAGCAUGGCCAUAUUUAUUUGAGUUCUUAGAACACCUUAUUACGGUAGUCAUGUCAGAUAUUACAUGUAUCUGAUAAUGUACGUUGUAUAUCUGGGUCAAAACCACCAAUAAGCCUCAUUCAGAUGUGACGCAGACAAACUGAUGGCGCAAAGGUUAAUAUGCUUCAUAUUUCCGUAUCUUGGAAGGCAUGACUAAAGUCAUGUUUAUUGACACCUUGCUUGGUAAUUCAAAUUGAAAAUUUAGUACGAGUCACAAACUAUGGUAAAGUGUGAAGAAAAAAUAAAUCUUUGGGAUGAUUUCAUGGAAAUAUCAUACAAUGUUGUGGCCUAAAGGGCGAGUCUAGCCACUGAACAUCCAUUCAACAUGUAUUGUUUCAUCUUGCUGUUGCUGCAUUACCUACAUCACAUGUAUAACUUAUUAUUCUGCAAGUAUUGCUUAGUAUUCCAAUGACAUGUAUCAGAGCCACACUGUUGUUGAAUAGAAAAUUUGUCACAAUAUUGUGUCAAAUAUGAAAACUAAACGUAUGUCAGUAAUAGAUUUCAUUUAAACUUU